AUUGCAACCAUCGACAGCUUCACCAUCCCCGCCGCCACUCCACCUGCGCCCCUGCCCCUGCGCAUCCUGCACGUCAACGACAUGCACGCCCGCAUCGAGCCAGCCGACUCCAACUUCAACCUGGCCACGCCCGCCACCUACGGCAUCGCAUACGGUGGGCUGGCGCGCCUAGCAACCCACGUGGCGGCGGCGCGCUCCCAGGCGGCGUCCGCGGGCCAAGACGUGCUGGUGCUGCAUGCCGGCGACCAGUACCAAGGCACGCCCUGGCACGCUGUGUACACCCGCGUGGGCAACCACACCCCCAUCUGGGAGAUGCUCAACCCCAUCGCCUUUGAUGCCAUGGCGGUGGGCAACCACGAGUUCGAUGAGGGCCCCGAUAACCUGGCCGCCUUUGCCGCCAGCUUUGCCACGCCGCUGGUCAGCUGCAACGUGAACGCCAGCCGCCACCCUGCGCUGUCCGCCCUCCUGUCUCCCUUUGUCAUCCGCACCCUGCCCGUCAGCGGCAAGAAGGUGGCCAUCAUCGGCUUGACCCCGCCAGACACGCCCAUCACGAGCUCGCCCGGCCAGCUGGUCGACAUCCUGCCCAUUGAGAGCACGCUGCCCGGCUGCAUCGCCGCGGCCAAGGCGCAGGGCGCUUCCAUGAUCGUGCUGCUGUCCCACGUUGGGUACAAUGUGGACAAGGGCAUCGCCAGCAGCGCUGCCGCCGCUGACGUGGACCUCAUCGUGGGCGGCCACUCCCACACCUUCCUGUAUGGCACCCCCGCCCCCGCUGGCCAGCCCCAGCUGCCCGGCUCUCCCGCACCCAACCUCACCGCCACCACGCUGGAGUCUGGUGCCGAGGGCCCCUACCCCACCAACGUGCUGAAUGUCGCCACCAACAAGACCAUCCCCGUCACCACCGCCUUCUGGGGCUCACGCUAUGCGGGAGACCUGGCCACCAGCUGGGAUGCCGCCGGCAACCUGCUCAGCGUCGCGGGCAGCCCCGUGCUGCUGGGAGGGGCUGCCUCGGCGCACCCUGUGGCCGACGACGCCGCCACCGCCGCCAAGGUGGCCGCGUACCGCGAGCCGCUGGCCGUGCUGGCCAGCCUGGUGGUGGGAGAGCUGGCCACCCCGCUGGUGGGCGCCGCCAACAGGGCCAUCGGGCGCAACCAGGAGACCAAUGUGGGCAACCUGGUGUGCGAGGCGCUCAUCUGGGGCGCGCAGAACAUUGUGAGUGUGGUGUGCCUGGAGAAUGCGGGCGGCAUCCGCGCCGACCUGCCCGCCGGCAACGUCACCAUGUCCCAAGUCACCACGGUGUUGCCCUUUGGGAACACCCUGGUGCUGGUGCGCGUCAGCCCUUCCGCACUGCUGGCGGCCCUGAACAACGGCCUGAGCGGCUACACCGGCGACUCUACCGCCGGCGGCCGCUUCCCCCAGAUUGCUGGCAUGCGGCUGGCCUUCAACCCCUCUGCCGUCGACAAGUUUGCGCGGCUGCUAGACUUGCGGCUGACCACUGCAGGCGCCCCUGCAGUGGCCGAUCUCCCCACCGACAUCAUCGUCAUCACCAACAACUUCAUGGCCUCUGGCGGGGAUGGGUGA